AGUCGUGCUUGCAGCUAGCAUGGCGGCGGCAAUAAAGGAAAAACCCCAGCUGCAGUUUGACGAGCGAUGGCCCAAAAUGCGGCCGACGACAUUGAAGCUGCUUCACCAAGAUCCCAUCACGAGAGACGAAUGGCAAGGAUUGUUCUGGGACAUCCACGCAGUGUGCCUAUGGGAUGAGCGUGGGCCUUCAAAGGUCUAUGCUGCUCUUCAGGAGGACAUCCUUGAAUUUAUCAGUGUUGCACAGAGGCGUGUGCUGGAACACCAGGAGGACCAAGCCCUGCUAAAUGCAUACAUCAAGGAGUGGCGAAAGUUCUUUGUGCAGUGUAGCUACCUGCCCAUGCCCUUUGGGCAGCUGGAGACGGUGCUGGCUGGCAAAAGCUUAAAAAAGACCGAGGAGGGCCUCGUUCGUAAGCUCAUGCUCGACACCUGGAACCAGAGCAUCUUCUCCACCAUCAAGGGCCGUCUGCAAGCAAGUGCAAUGAAGCUGGUGCAUGCGGAGAGGAUGGGCGAGACAAUCGACUCUCAGUUGGUCGUUGGCGUGCGGGAGUCGUACGUGAACCUCUGCUCCAACCCGGAAGACAAGCUGCAGAUCUAUAGAGAAAACUUCGAGCGGGCCUACAUCGAAGCGACUCGGCAAUUCUACCGGGCGCAAGCACCCCAGUACCUUGAGGAGAAUGGAGUCCAGAACUACAUGAAGUACGCAGAGCAGAAGUUGAAGGAAGAGGAACAGCGUGCUGCCAAGUACCUGGAGUCGCAGUCAGGGUCGGUGCCUGCGUUGACGGAGUGCUGUGUCAGCGUCCUGGUCACGGCCUUCCGGGAACCAAUACUGGCCGAGUGCCCGGGCAUGAUUCGUGCCGGCGAGACGCUCAAACUGCAGCUCAUGUUCGGACUCAUGGAUCGUGUGCCUGAUGGCGUGCUGCCAAUGUUGCACGACCUCGAACAGCACGUGCUCUCCCAGGGUCUGGCCGACAUGCUCGCCUCGGCCGACAUCAUCACUCAGGACUCUGAAAAAUAUGUCGAGCAACUCUUAGAUCUCUUUCAGAGGUUCAGCAAGCUAGUCAAAGAAGCAUUCAACGAUGAUCCUAGGUUUCUUACAGCACGUGAUAAAGCAUUUAAACAGGUUGUGAAUGAUACCUCUGUGUUUCGUCUGGAGCUUCCAUCCAGACAAAAAGGGGUAGCAAACAAGACGCAGCCAGAGUCCAGGUGUCCGGAGCUCCUAGCCAACUAUUGCGACAUGUUACUACGCAAGACCCCACUUAGCAAAAAGCUGACAUCUGACCAGAUCGAGGCCAAGUUAAAAGAAGUGUUACUCGUGCUACGUUAUGUUCAAAACAAGGACGUGUUUAUGCGGUAUCACAAGGCCCACCUCACGAGGAGACUCAUCUUGGACUCGUCGGCCGACAGCGAGAAGGAGGAGAACAUGGUUGAGUGGCUAAGGGAUGUAGGCAUGCCUGCAGAUUAUGUGAACAAACUAGCGAGAAUGUUUCAAGACAUCAAAGUGAGUGAAGACCUAAACCAGCAGUUCAAGGACGUGCAUAGAAACAGCAACGAGUUACUGGCGGAUUCGAUCAACAUCAAAAUUCUAAAUGCUGGCGCGUGGGCUCGAGGCAGCGAGCGUGUUCAGGUAUCGCUACCUCUCGAGCUGGAAGACUUCAUUCCCGAAGUGGAGGAAUUCUACCGGCGGAAGCACAGCGGACGAAAGCUCCAGUGGUAUCACCAUAUGUCCAACGGAACGAUCACCUUUUGUAAUCAAGUAGGCAAGUUCGACUUGGAUGUGACGACGUUCCAAAUGGCCGUCAUGUUUGCCUGGAAUGAGCGGCCUAACGAGCGCAUCUCGUUUGAGAACCUCCUCCUUGCCACUGAACUUCCAGACGCUGAACUUCGACGGACGCUCUGGUCUCUGGUUGCCUUUCCCAAACUGAAACGACAAGUCCUCUUGUGUGGGGUCGAGGCAAAGUCGCCCAAGGACUUCGACGACGGCACCCAGUUCUGGGUCAAUCAAGAAUUCGGAGUCAUAAAAAAUGGAAAAGUUCAAAAACGAGGCAAAGUCAACCUUAUAGGAAGGCUGCAGCUAUCGACAGAGAAGAGCAAGGAAGAUGAUAACGAAAGUAUCGUUCAGCUGAGAAUAUUCCGAACGCAAGAAGCGAUAGUGAAAAUCAUGAAGAUGCGCAAGCGGAUCACCAAUGCCCAGCUGCAGACUGAGCUGGUGGAAAUCCUGAAGAACAUGUUCCUGCCUUCGAAAAAAAUGAUCAAGGAACAAAUUGAGUGGCUGAUAGAGCACAAGUACAUGCGUAGGGACGAGGAGAACAUCAACGAGUUCAUCUACAUGGCCUGACUUAGCCACGUGACUAGUGGUCUCCAAACAGUGCGCGCUCCUCUGAUGGACCGGUUGAGUGCUGCAAAGGUCUACUCGGUUUCUUUUCUGAAAGCCGCCAAACCCCCUUCCAAGUCUAGGCUUUUGGGACAAACCAUCAAUUGCAGCGGCGGUCACGUUGCCAAGGAGAGUGCUGUACAUUGGUUUUCGUGGGAAGGCUGUUUUAUUCGAGAAUAACUUAAUUCACUUUUUGCACCGAAAUUUCAUGUUGAAAGCGAGUCAACUCAUAGUUUUGCGUAUACUGGUUGUACAUCCGAUAGAGUACAAGAAAUGUACCGGCGACGUGAACAAAUUUGACCGUUUCAUCUUGCCUUUCCUGAGGUGUGGCAAGAUGUAAAAGAGAGUCGCGUUCUUAAUGCUGCCUUCUGUUGCCAACAGAUUUGCUAGUUAAUUGUUCGGCAACUUCCUGCCCUCGGUACUUGAAAUACUGGCAACACGUGAGAAACAUAGGAUUGUACUGUGUCUUGAACGUAUAUGUUCUUGUUCAGCCAGCAUUCUCUAUUCCGCAGGCACAGACAGCAAACGUUCUGCAUCCUUACAACACCUAUAAGCCAUUGAAUAAUCUGCAAUCACGCUUUGUUAAGAACACUGGAGAGUUAUAUAGAAAUGUGUUCGAAAUGUUGCAUUCGUAAUACAGCCUAAUGUAAAGGGCUAUUCUUGGUAAACUUCACACUCAUUGCGCUCGAAUCGCGUGUAGAGGUGGCAUUGUGUGAUGUUUAUUUUUCUAAAUGUAAAAUGAUAGAACGGGAGGCUUGAGCUGGUUGAUGAUUUAGCAUCAACGUAUUUGGACAGCAUGGAAUGAACGAAGACAGAUGAGAGGACACAACUUUUGCACUGUGCAAAUGUGUCGAUGCUGAAUGUAAAAGCUAUACUUGCAUUAUACAUAAUGAAUUGUACGCACAUAUCAGUGCUGAUAACCUGAUAAAGUAGCUUUGCUGAAACGAAUAGUGGCACUGUUCUUGUAGAAAGGUGGCAUUACUGUUGCUUGUGCUGAUAAUGUGAAUUUUCGAAUCCAGUAUUUCCACAAGGGACGUGAUUAUUGCAACAACUCUAGUGCAUGAUGUGACGGUAAAUAAAACAUUCGAUGCCACUUCAGCGGAAAGAGACAAGCACAAUCUAAGUGUAGUUUAGCCAGGAAGGCAAUUCUUAUAAGGGCAUUCUUGUUGACUUAUUUAGUGCAACAUGGUGACUUUUUUGUUCUAAGUAAACGCCGAGUCAUCUGAAAUAUCGCUGUGAUUCGUGCUCUGACGCUGCAGUCGUGCACACAAGAAAAUGUCUUUCAAAUGCAGAACUGAACCUGCGAAACUAGCGCACAAUUCAGAUUGGCCGGCGAUUUUUUAUUAUUUUUUUUUUCAAAUAGUAGUUUGUUUGUCAGGACAUGUCGAUAUCUUCGAUGUUAUGCGAAAAAAAUAUGCUGGUUUGGUGCAAUGCAAUUCUCGAAAAGUGUGAUUUGAUUACCAAACCUUUCCAGCGGCGAUAUUUUUUUGCCAGGUCUUGCAAAGUUGCCACAACGAGCAGCAUGACGCCGAACUAAUUGCAGGGAUAACUCGACGUAGUUUGUACAUAUUUAUUUAUUACAACCAACUAGGCCUUCAAUGACAGAGAAGUGUAACUUAUUUUGUCAGAUUGUGCCCGAUCGCACCAGGCCUGUAAGGAAAGAAAAAAAAAAGCGGGGAGGGGUGCGUAGUGUACGACUCGGUUCACGGGUGAACGCCUUUGUAAAUAUGUUUUACAUGUGAAUAAAAACAGCUUUGGAACAACA